UCCGUUUAUGCUGCAGCCAUAGGAUUGUGUCGCAGCGUGUCCCUGCUCCUGACAGAGCAUCUGUUGGAAUACAAGUUCACUCUUAAUAGAAGCAGCUCCAUCUUCGUCUUCUGCCGCCCAGGAGCCACCACACGCGGACCAACGAAACGUGUAAAUGGAGUUUCAAUCGUUGUCGUGACUGUUCUUCACCGCCUCUCACCCUGCAGAAGACUGCGUUGAAGUUGCAGCAGCAUCCAUAUCCCCGCUGCUCUCUCCUGAUCGCAGACAUGGGUACCGUCCUGUCUAUAUCUCCGGCGACGAAGAAGUCCUCUAUUAUGGACGCCGAGCUCGCAGGAGAGGCACACAAAAACGACAAGAGUCUCAAGCGGCCUUCAAUGUUCGUCUCCAUCUCCUGGAAGAAGCUGGUGGCAAAUCCGGCAAAGAAGAGUGCCAAGAAAGUGACCCCGAACCCGAUGCCCGUCUGCGAGCUCCCGUCCGGCCGAGUGGGUCAGCUUAACAGCGAAAACACCAGGAAGACUCACCAAACCGAAGAGAAGAAACCCAAAGCGCCGAUCCCGGUGCCGGUGCCCACAGUCCCCACGCAGAACAACGAUGCUGUCGUCCAAAACGGGAAGCCUUCCGCGGCCCAGAAGCAACCCAGCAGCCUGUCUCUGGUGUCACCGAGGCGGAUAGUUAUCCAGGCUUCAACCGGGGAGCUGCUUCGCUGUUUAGGGGACUUCAUGUGCCGCAGGUGUUUUAAACUGAAAGAGCUAAACAGCGGAGAGGUGGUCCUCUGGUUUCGAAACAUCGAUCGGACUCUUUUGCUCCAGGGCUGGCAGGACCUGGGCUUCAUCACUCCGGCUAACGUGGUGUUCGUGUACCUGCUGUGCGAAGACACGAUAGCAGACAGCAUCGACAGCCAGGCCGAGCUGCAGGGCACCUUUCAGACUUGCCUAUACCUCGCAUACUCCUACAUGGGUAACGAGAUCUCCUACCCGCUCAAGCCGUUCAUGAUCGACUCGAACAAGGACGUUUUCUGGGAGACGUCGCUCCGGAUCAUCAACAGGCUAAGUGCCAAAAUGCUGCAGCUGAAUGCAGACCCGCACUUUUUCACCGAGGUCUUUCAGGACCUCAAAAACCAACGAGACACGUGCGAGGCAAACCUGGACCGCUGACAAGGAAAAAAAACGGUGUUUUUUUUGUUUGGUUUUCUUUUUAAAAGAUGAAUGUUUUGCAAAAUCAGAC